AAUUUGUGUUUAUUAGCGGGGGCCUUCUCUCUAUCUGCUGUGACUGCGUCAGGAAAAGGGCGAGCUGAAGCAGAUUUCCAUUUAAGCAAGCCACUCCUCUCCAUUGACUAUAUCGUGCUGCUCUCUACUGCUAUGCUAGAAAGUAAAGGGACACACACAAGCCUGGUGCACAGAGACUCAUCCAAUGGAGCCUGGCAGACUUGUGCUCAGGUGCCAGGUACUCUGGAGUAGCAAGUGUUGGUCUGGAGGAUGCCAGCUGCAGAAAGACCCCAGAUGACAAGGAUAAGGAGAAGAUCUUAGUGAUUUCCUGGGCACAACUGUCCUCAUCCAUUUGCCAAAAGAUGUCCAACGCUGUCUAUGCUGCUUUGCACAUCCUACUCAGUAUCCUCAUCCCCAUUGCCAACAUUCUGGUCAUCAUCAUCCUCUCCAAUCUCCUCAAGAAGAAGCACUGCAAGAGUUACAUUUUCAUACUCAAUCUGGCUGCUGCGGACCUUCUGGUGGGACUCAUGUGCAUCCUGGAAACUCUGGAUGAUGUCUUUGAUGAAGAAUUUGAUAAGAAUUUAUUCUUUUGCCUGCUGAGAUUGUGCUUCACAGUCACUCCUUGUAUUGGAUCCAUGCUCACCCUUCUCCUGAUAUCUCUAGACAGGUAUCUGGCAGUUAGAAUGCCUCUGUAUUACCUGAAGAUCAUGAAUAAUAAGUGCAUUGGCAUUUCUCUAGCAGUCCUGUGGUUGGUCUCCUUCUUUGUUGGGCACAUGCCUCUGAUAACCCCAUCACUGCAGCACAAUAACUACACUGGCGUCUGCGGGCUGUUUUAUGCGGCCAAAAGCGACUAUCUGUACAUUUUAUGCUUCAUUAUUUUCCUGCCAGCCUUAUUUACUAUUGUGUGUCUUCAUACAGCAGUGGGCAGGAUUGCUUAUGCCCACCAUAGGCGUAUUCAGAGGAGCCGGGCCAUUAGUGGGCUUUCUAACAACCAUCCAGCCCACUCAUCCAACUUUAAGGCUGCUAGGACUGUUCUUAUAGUCAUUAUCUGCUUCACCUUGUCCUGGGGCCCCUACUACAUCACUGGAAUUGUUCAAGCCACCUGCACAUCAUGCAAACUGGUGGACCUGCUCAAGGAUAUUCUGUUUGUUUUAGGGGAGGCCAAUUCCCUUUUGAACCCUCUCAUCUAUACUUUCUAUUGCAGAGACAUCAGACGCUAUUUCUACAAACACUUUGUCUGUAGAAGUAGGAAAGUAAAGCCCCAGAUUCUAGCCUUGGUUCAGUUCACCAACAUUGGGACACCUAAGGAGACUUCUGUGGACAGUGUUCAUGAUGUGUCACUAUUCGGUGGUUCUGGAGACAUGAUCAAAGAGUGAAGGUGUAGCAGAAAACAUUGCAGGUACACUCGGCUAUGAGGAAGGCUGCAUUAGCCGAAACGCGUUAGGGGUGUGUCAUUUUAUAUGUAGCCAAUAAAGAUCCAUCUUAAAGAGUACACAGGGUGGGCAGCUUCAAUUGCUACGGAUUGUCUAUAUUGGGGAUUGAACAUCCCAGCCAGAGCACCGCCCUUGAAUUUUGAAUACAGCAGUCAAGCUGGGGUAUGGUUUUGCUUUCAUUGCAGGUACAUUGCCUAUUCCAGCUGCCUAAGUACUCUCUUCACUAGGAUACAUCUUUGUAGUACUGUUGUAGGCUUUGGGAAUCUAAGGUGGAACAACAAAUCUCAGCACUCCCACAUCCCUAUUUCCUCUAUUGCAACACCAAAGUCGCACGAUUUACAGUGCGACUUUGCAAUGCGAUUUUUGAUGCAAUGUCAUGCAACCAUGUGAAAACAAGUCACACUGAAGUAGGGAGUCACUGUGACUUGAGUCGCACCAAUUAGAACGGGGACCAUUGAAAUACAGUGCAUGGGUUUUGACUUGUAAUGCGACUUCACAUGUGUCAAGUUGCAUAACAACUCGCAGUAGUGGAAACAGAGCCUAAGCUCUGUAACAGAUGGAACUGUCAGCUUGUUUUUUUUUCUAUAGUGUUUUUAUUGUUUGCCCAGGUGCUAGAAACUCUCAUUCUGCUUUAUUUAACAAAGCAAUGGAAAGAGCAAUGAUAGUGUGCAAAGUGCGAGAAUCCAUAGUAACCAGAGUUCAGUUUACUAUAGUCAGAUCAUUGGAAGAAGAAUGGUGACUGGUUUCUAUGUGUUACCACAUCUUGCUCUUUGAUUUAUUACACAAGACCACCUGUCUUCAGUAGGCUACAGCAAUGAUCAGGCUUAGACCCCUUUCACACAGAAGAGUUUUUCAGGCGGGACAGCGCUAAAAAUAGCGCUGC